UGCAAAGCCAACCAAACCGUUUGUUCGAGCCACGCCCCUUUUUGAAUCCACAACACGUUAGACAGACAGAUCCGUCCAGCCAAUCAGAUGCACGGAUUAAAAAAGACAAUGUUCUCUCUCCACCAAUCACAGCCGUCGAGGGGCGGGUCUUAGCGUUGUUGUUACCACAGAGAUGAUGUGACGCGUUUUUCGUCUCCACUGAGUGAACGGAGGACUUUCACUGAUCAGGAGGAUUGUUGUUGUUAAUUAAACCCUCUUAAUCAUUAUUAUAUUACAUUAUUAUAUCAUACAGCCUACCUUGUUGUUGAACUGGAGCUGAUCAGCUAUGGAUCCAUCCAGCUGUUGAAGUUUCCAGAGGAUGCAUACAACACGCAGCCCUUCUUCCAUCCCGACAGGUGUCUCAGGAGAUGCCUUGGACCUCAGCUUGUCAGGCUCCCAGCUCUCCAUGUCCAAAAGACCCAGCAGUGCAUCGCCUGGGAAGUACUUCUCUCGGUCUGUGUCGGUGUCUGUGGCGAGCGACAGCAGAGGAAAACGCAACACCCUGAGUGAUGCCACCUUUGGUAGCUCCCGCUCCAUCAAGAACCUCAGGAGGUCCAACAGCACCACUCAGGUUAAUCAGCAGGCCAACAUCAGUUUAAGUCAGGACCAGAGCGAGGACUACCUGGCCCUGUUCGACAGCAGCUUAGAUGGACGCAAGAAACUGGCCAGCCUCAGCAAAGCCUCACCGGACAGAACCACAUGGAACAUCCUGGACGAUCAGCCCAGAGCUUUCAACCCGCACUCGAGCUCCCGCAGCACCGGCAGCGUGGACUCCCCCACCGGCCUGAAGAAGAGAGAGCCUGGCAUCGCUCUGGCUGCCACCUUCACUGCCAACAACAGGAGCAACAAGGGAGCUGUGGGGAACUCUGUCACCACCAUCUUACACAACAACUACUCUGAGAAACCGCUCACGCCUAAGAGCUCCAACCAGAGGCCGUCGUUCAACAACAUCCUGAAGGCCACAGCAAACGACGAGGUGUCACAAGACAACAGCUCCCUGACAAAGUCCCAGAAGAAUUUCUCUUCGACUUCCUCCACGUCAAACAACAGAUCUCCGGCGUCGGCCCAGCGCGGCAGCCCCGUCCUGUCUCGAAGGAGGGAGGUCACCGAGGAGGAGGCCGAGAGGUUUAUUCAGCAGGUGAACCAGGCAGCAGUCACCAUCCAGCGCUGGUACAGACGCCACGCCAAGAGGCGACACACUAACCAGGCAGCGCUCAAACGCAUCCUUGCCAGUAAAAGAAAGGAGUGGGAGGAGAGAACAGAGGAGGACAGUCGCCCGGAGCAGCAGCAGAAAAAGGACGAAGACAGGAAACGGAUCCGUGAGGAGAAAGCUCGUCUGGCCCGUCUGGCUGCCAUCCAGGAGCUGCAGCAGAAAAGAGCCCAGCGGGUUGCAGAGGUUCAGCAUGUAGCUGAGGUGCAGCUGGAAAGCCUGAGGCAGACUGGUGUGGUCGGACGCAAGAAGCCGCCCAGGAUUUCUCCCACCAACAAAAGUCCAGCUUCACCGAGCAACAACAGCCCGAUGUCGCCCACAGACGUGAAAGCUAAGAACACAGACUCCAAUUUGAAUGUUACUGCUGACUUAAUUGAGCUGAGCUUCAGAGCCAUUUCCCCAGCGUUGUCCAAUCACAGAGGCUCUCAGUGCUCCCAGGAUCAGGAGGACCGAGCAGAGGUAGACAUCUGUCUGGAGCAGCAGCAGCAGCAGCUGAACGACAGGAAAUCAAUACGUAAAGAGAAAGCUCGUCUGGCUCGCCUCGCUGCCUCCCAGGGGAACACUUCUGAGGAGCUGCAGCAGAAAAGAGCCCAGCGGGUUGCAGAGGUUCAUCAUGUAGCUGAGGUGCAGCUGGAAAGCCUGAGGCAGACUGGUGUGGUCGGACGCAAGAAGCCGCCCAAGAUUUCUCCCACCAACAAAAGUCCAGCUUCACCGAGCAACAACAGCCCGAUGUCGCCCACAGACGUGAAAGCUAAGAACACAGACUCCAAUUUGAACGUUGUGGCUGAGAUCGGUGAGCUCUCCAGCUUCAGAGCUGUUUCCCCAGCGUUGUCCAACUGCAGAGGUUCCCAGUGUUCCCAGGAGAUCCUGCAGAGGUCGGUGAGCAUGGAGGACCAGCAGCAGGGAGCGUUGUCCAGCAGGGCUCCGUCUAAAACUACCCUCAACGAGCUGCUGGACACCCUGAAGCUGUUAGAGGAGGAGCCAGAGAGGCUAUCGGAGCCAAAGUGCUACAGCAAAGAGAAAUACGCCUGGAUCGACGAGGACGUAGACUCCAACUCUCUGACCACGGACAACCUGGAGCGUCACGGCCAGCUGAGUCACCACCCUGCGCUGCCAGAUGGGGGCGCCCUGCUCUCCGAGGCCAAGCUGCAGAGCAUCAUGAGCUUCCUGGACGAGAUGGAGAAGUCUGAACAGGAGAGACCGCGCUCCGUUACCUCGGGGUCACACAGAGAGGCUGUGUUGUCUGAGGAGGAGCUGGUUGGUGUCGAUCAGGUGUCUGCCGCCGCCGCCGAGAUCACCGGCUCCAUGAUGAGAAUGAAGCUGGACCUGGAGGAGAAGAAACGCACGGUCAACAUGCUGCAGACUGCACUGGCCCAGCAGAGGGAGCUCACGGUGAGACAUGUGAAGGAGACCGAGAAGGAGCUGAACAGAAACUUCACGCUCCAGAAGGAACAAUAUGAAGCCACCAUCCAGAGACACCUCACGUUCAUCGAUCAGCUGAUCAACGAUAAAAAGUCUCUGAGUGAGCGCUGUGAAGGAGUGGUGGGAGAACUGAAGCUGGUGGACCAGAAGUACACCAAGAAGAUUGCACAAAUGCAGGAGCAACAUGAAAUGGUGUGGCAAAUUCUGGGUCCCUUGUGCGAGGAAAUCAAGAAGUUAAAGGAGCUAAUGAGCGCCACGGAGAAGAUCCGCCGGGAGAAAUGGAUCGACGAGAAAACCAAGAAGAUUAAAGAGAUCACUGUGAAAGGUCUGGAGCCAGAGAUCCAGAAGCUGAUUUCUAAGCACAAACAGGAGCUGAAGAAGCUGCGGACGCUCCACGAGGCGGAGCUGCUGCAGGCAGACGACCGGGCGGCACAGCGCUACGUCCGCCAGUGUGAGGAGCUCCGACUACAGCUGGAGAGGGAGAAGGACGAGCAGUGUCAGAGAGAGAGGGAGCUCGGCAAACAGAGAUAUGAGAAGCAGUUUCAGGAGGAGGAGCUGUCCCUGCAGCAGCAGAGGAGGCGUCUCUACAAGGAGGUGGCCGAUGAGAAGGAGAGGCUGGCUCAGCUGGCUGCAAGGCAGCGCGCUGAGCUGGAGGAUCUGCGGCGUCAGCUGGAGGAGAACAGCUCUCUGGCUGGACGAGCCCUCAGAGAGGAGCUGGACAAGACCAGAGAGGAGCAGGAGAGGAGACACCAGGUGGAGAUGAAGGCGUUACACGAACGUUUGGACAUCGAGAAGCAGACCUGGGAAGGAAACUACAAGAAGAAAGAGGAAGCGUGGCUACUGAGCCGGGAGCGCGAACUCAAAGAGGGACUGCGACGAGAACGUGACAAAGAGAUCGAGCUCGCCAUCUGGACGCUGGAGGAGGAGACCAGCAAGGACAAAGAGGAGUGUGAGAGAGCAGCUGACAACAGGUUGAAGCGCGUGAGGGAGAAAUACGAGGCUGAGCUGGGCGAGCUGGAUCGCUCCGAGAGGACGGCCGUGGAGAAACAACAAGAGAUGAGGAAGCAGCAGAUGGAGACGCAGGGAGAGCUGAUCAGACUGCAGGCGGCGCUCCGACAGAAAGAACUGGAGACUGAAGACGUCACACAGACCAGGGACAAGCUGGUGGAUGAGCGUCGCAGCCUGGCAGAGGUGGUACGGCAGGAGUUCGCCGACCGGCUGGUGAUGACGGAGGAGGACAACCGCAGGAUGAAGGUGGAGGUGUCAGAAGUUCGAGCGAGGCUGCGGCUGGAGGUGGAGAGAGUCACCAGGGAGAAGGAAGAGGAGCUGGCGGAAGUCCACCAACGAGUGAAGUCGGCCAUCCUGAAGAAGGAAGAAACUGUCAAUAACCUGCGGAAACAGCACGAGGCUGCCCUGAAGAGGGCGGAUCACCUGGAGGCCCUGUGGGAACAGCAGAGGAAGCAGCUGCUGGAGAAGUGACGGACAGGAAGGCUUUAUCCGUCUGGACGCCCCCCCCCCGCCACCACCACCACCACCAUCUACCCCCCUCCCCCCCUU